AUGGACCCAUUAGUGAACCCUACACUUUCAUCGUUAAAGGGACAACAAACUAAAAAAGAACGUAAAUUAAAGUAUGCAGAUUUAGCGGUUCAAGGUACAAAUAACUCAUCAAUCGCCUCUAAAAGAUCAGUCGAGGCAAUAUAUCUAUCGAAAUUGGGAGUCAAUCAAAGUAUAAAUGAGGAUGGGGAGAGCAGUGAAUAUUUUAAAUAUUUUGUGCCAAAACUAGUCAAUAGGUCUCCUUGUAUCAAUAGAGGUUAUUGGUUAAGGUUACAUGCUAUACGAUCCAGAUUGGAGUCUAUUCGCAAAGCCACCGAAAAACAGAUCUUAGUCAUUAAUCUAGGUUGUGGAUUUGAUCCAUUGGCCUUUGAAUUAUUGGAUAAACUUAAUAAGGAUAGUCGUCCAUUCACUGAAAAAUUUUCAUUUUUAGAUAUCGAUUAUUCUGACCUGUUGAAAAAUAAAGUACAGAUUAUUAAACAGACUUCAACGUUAUCUCAGAUCGUGAACUUACCAACAGAUUUGAUAGAUGGUGCUGAUACUAUAACUUGCGAGAGAUAUUAUACAAGACCAUGUGACUUAAACUGUACCGGUGACUAUGAGAAACUACUGCUCCAUUCCCAAGAUCUACCUCAAUUGAAUGAUCCAAACGUUGUAAAAGUAUUUAUUGCAGAAGUCUCUCUUGCAUACAUGAAAGCAGAUUUAUCAGAUGAAAUUAUUAGUAUUUCGUCCCAUUUACCUAACGCCCAUUUUGUUAUGUUAGAACAAUUAAUCGAACAAGGUCCCUAUGAACCAUUCUCCAAACAAAUGUUGAAACAUUUCAAGAAAAACGAUUCACCAUUACAAUCCGUGACAACAUAUAAUACAAUCGAUUCGCAAAGGUUAAGAUUUGAAAAAUAUGGUUUCAAAAAUGUCAAUGUCGGGAACAUGUUACACUUAUGGAAUGCCAUUUCGAAGGAAACUAGAGAAACCAUUGAGAAAAUCCAACCAUUUGAUGAAUUAGAAGAGUUUCAUUUAUUUUGCCAUCACUAUAUGUUAUGCCAUGCUACAAAUGACACCGAUUUUAUAUUUACCCCUGGGUACAAGUUUAAAAUAACACAGACAGAAUCUAUAGAUGAAGAUAAAGAGUUAUCUGCCACAUUUGAACCGCUCGGUUUAGAUCUAAAGAGAUCAUUUGGUUCUGGAUAUGUGAAUAUGGAUGGUAAUAUGACAUACCAUGGUGGAUGUAACCCUAAUAGAGUCAAUGAAACGUUGCUGUUGACUGAACAAUUUACGAAAUUUAAUGUUCUCGACAAAUCGGGUCCAAUACCGCCAGUGAGAACAUGUCAUACAUUCUGCCAGAUAGGAACUGGCACGUCUGUAAUAAUUGGUGGUCGUAAUGCACCUCAUAGACCAUAUAAAGAUACAUGGCUAUAUGACUCUGAACAUAACAAAUGGUCACAGGGAAAUGAUCUUCCGGAGACAAGAUUCAGACAUUGUACUGUAUCGAUCGGCCAAGGGAAAUUACUAGUAUUUGGAGGUGUCACUACAGGUCAACCUUUCAUGAUUUAUGAUAGUAAAAAAGACACAUAUGAUACUGUAUCAGUUGCAGAAGAUAGUGAUUUCUCUCCAUCAAAUUUGGUUUCUGCAUGUAUGUCUUACAAUGAGAAUAUUGACGUAGGAUACCUUAUAGGUGGUCUUGAUAUAGACACUAAUAUUGUUUCUGAUACAUUAUACACGUUUAGCCUCGAAGAGAACAAGAUUACAUUACAAAAAGUCGUCUCACAUCCUUUGCUGUCAAGAUACGGAGCUAAAUGCUCAUAUAUUUCGUCAAAUAAGAUCGUUGUGGUCGGAGGAACUUCCCCCGAUAUUCUAUUCAGCAACAAAACAAAUAUUUUAAUAGUUGAACUUGAAACACACAACAUAAGUUCGCUGGUGAUACCGUCAAAUAUAUGGGAAGAGAAUCACAAGCUUUGCCUGGUCGGGUUCGAAUUGCAGCAGCUCCCGGACAUGCAAUUCAUAAUUGUGGGAGGUGGAGCAACCUGUUAUGGAUUCGGAGCAAUCUCCAACGAGUCCCUGCUGCUUACCUUACAGCCAUCAAUUUUAUAA